UGUUUGGUUACUUUCGGAAAGGCGGCGGGAAAGAAAUAUGUAGGUUACUUGGGAGUACUUGAUACUGUAGGCUACACCAGAAAAUUUCAGGGGGGCGUUUCCCCCCAUUAUACCCUACGAUGUCAGCUGCAACCUCAUCUCCGCGUGGCAGAGUUUUAGUUGGCUUUAUCUUACCACCGAAGCAAGAGGCGCAAAGAAACCAAGAUGAGGGCUCGGACCCCGAAGAUGACGAGGAGGAGGAAGACCCAGAGUUUCCAGACAUGGCUGAAAUGGAAAGCUUGUCUAAUGGAGGGCGCAUGUUUCAGUCAUCUGUGUCACCACGACUCGAAGUUGACUUCCAGAUCUUGGGCUCCACUCAGACUCUGCGGCUCGAGGGCCGAUUCCCCCUCACGAACCCCUGGUGGCAGAUCACCUGUCGGGUGGGGCAACCGAGAAAGGGCCGGGCAGUCGUCCAGGGCUUCCCCUCGUACGCUCUUCGCAGUGACCUGACGGGCGAAGACAGCCGCUCCGUCGUGUUCCUGUUUCUGAAUGCAUGUGGCGUGUCCCCUGAGCACGUAACGCAGUUCAAUGAAUGGCUGUCGACGGAGACAGAAGUGGGCCUCCGCACCCUGCCCGCACUCCUAGAGGAGUUUGCGGAUGUGGAGAAAUACAAGACCGCUGCAUCCCACAUGAAGGAUCAUGUAUCCAAAUCAGUUGCAGGUGUGUGUGUGCGUGCGGCCAAAUGUAACCCGCUGGUCAUGAAGCACCUGCCCACCCUACUGCCCCGGCAGUUCAAGGAGCUCCUGGGGAUGGGCAAGAAGAAGGACCAGGACACCCGGCAGGACAGCGCUGAGGUGGGGCUGGCCGAGGGCCUGCUGGACCAUCUGGAAGAGAUCAUCCAGACACAAGUGUGGAAGCUGGGCUUCAGCUAUAUCCUCUACAAGGAGCUCCACUUGAUCCGCUGCGAGGCUCGCCUGGAGGCCUUUGCGGCGUGCGGCCUGUUCCGGGGCAUUCCGGAGCUGCAGCGGCACGCGCUGCAGGUGUACGGCGAGCUGAAGCGCCAGUGCCAGCUGUCGGGCAGCACCUACGUGGAGCUCCGCGACCUGGAGGGUCUCCUCUGCGCCGAGGUGCCCGAGCUGUCCGUGUGGGCGGCCGUGCACUUCAUGAAGGAGCAGGGCGUGGUGGUGCUGGAGCGCCAGCGGGUGGCGCUGCGCAACCUGCACAGCUACGAGACGGGCAUCAGCGAGCGGCUGGCGCGCUUGACCCGCAGCGUGGACGAGGGCGGGGCGAAGCCCUGGCGCAUCGACCUGGACGUCCGGCGGGUGCUGAGGGAGGCACAGGAGGAGAGGUUGAGGGCGCGGGCCGAAGCAGAGGCAGGUAAAAACACACCUGGCGAGCAGGCGAACGGGGCAGGUGCCUCGGAGAAAGAUGGCGAGGAGGUAUUGGAAACAUCCCAAGAUGCAACAGGGGUCACCGAGGACAGACCAAGCGAUGACCCGAUGUGUGGCCAUGGGGAGAGGCCCACCACACAAGGGAUCCACUUAAAUGGAGGCUCGUCGUGGGACGACUUGAACUUUGACCUUAAACACUCCAUCCCAAGCCAGGAGGAUGUCGCUCCCGGUCCAGAGGAACCGACCCGCGACCCGCCCGCGGAGAUCCCGCUGGACCCGGACCAGGUGCGGGCGGCCCAGAUGAUCUGCUCCAACUCGGUGACGGUGAUCAGCGGCAAGGGCGGCUGCGGCAAGACCACGGUGGUCAGCCUGGUGUUCAAGGCCGCCAUGCAGCAGCACGACCGCGAGAUGGAGGAGGUCCUGAAGGCCUGCGAGGACUUCCAGAACGACUCCGGCCACUCGCCGCCCGAGGACCAGGCCAAGGCCAACCCUCCGGGGGUAGGUAAGGAGAGCAAACAGGAGGAGGAGAGGAGGAAGAAGGAGGAGGAGAAGAAGAAGGAGGAGGAGGAGGCGGAGAAGCUUCAGGUGCUCCUGACCGCGCCCACGGGCAGAGCAGCUGGACUGCUGACCAAGAGGACGGGCUUCACUGCGUACACCAUGCACCAGGUGUUGUUCAGCUAUAUGCACUGGAGGAGGGUGAAGGACAAGGGCGGGGAGAAGGGGGGCGGGGAGCGGCCGCGGUGGAAGUUCCGGCGGGUGCGGGUGCUGGUGGUGGACGAGGGCAGUCUGGUGUCGGUGCAGAUCCUCCACUCGCUGCUGGCCAUGCUCACAAGUGAGGCCCAGCUGCAGAAGUUCGUCCUGCUCGGUGAUGUGCGUCAGCUUCCCAGCAUUGAACCUGGAAACGCUUUGUAUGACCUGUUUCACAGCCUGCGCAGAGUCCAGUGGUCCAUUGAGAUGAGGACCAACCACCGGGCCGAGUCGGGGCUGAUAGUGGACAACGCUGGACACAUUGCAAACAUGGGUCAGAAGCGAACCUUCUACCAACUGAACUUUGAUGCCUUCGUGGAUAUGAAUUGUUCCCCCGAAGUGCCUGGCGACGACAGGAGGUUCAUCUUUGUGCGGGUGUCUCAGGACGACUGUGCUCUACAAGAUGCCAUUUUAUUUUUGCUUCAACGAGGCGCUGGACUUCAAGACCACAAAAUCUCCCAGUUCAUCGCCUUCAGACGGAACGACUGUGCACUGAUCAACGAGCUUUGUUGCAAGCAUUACGGGGGCCAUGCAACCAAAAACCACAGGAACAGGAUAGACUUCCGCGUUGGGGACAAAAUCUGCUGCACGAAGAACAACCACAUCACUGACCGGAGCCAUGAGCGCGGGCCGGCCCAGGCGCCGCCACCACCAGAGACCGCGGAGCAGCAGCUGGCUCUCCUCGCCAGGCCAACCCAGCCGGGCGGCUGCUGCCCUCUCCCCUCUGACCUGUGCCCUUUGACCUUUGACCCUCUGGAGGGCACCAGCGACAGGCGGACUCCGCAGACAGAAGGGAGGGAGAGGAAGAGGAAGGAGGAGGAAGAGAAGGAACCAGUGAAGGAGCGGCUGUGCAACGGAGAGAUCUUCUACAUCACAGAGGAUGUGACGGUGGAGGAGGACGGUCGACCGAAGAGGCGGUACUUGACACUAGAUGAUGGACAAGGGAGGGUUCUGUGUGUUCUCUUCCGGGAGCUGCAAAGACUGUGCAGGAUACAGCAUGCAUGGGCACGGACCAUACACACCUUCCAGGGUUCCGAGGCUGAGACCAUCGUGUACGUGGUGGGCAGCGGCGUGGCUCAGGACUGGAGGCAUGUUUACACGGCGGUCACGCGCGGCCAGAAGCGCGUUUACGUCGUCUCCACGGACGCCGACUUCGAGAAGGCCAUCCGGGGGCACGUGAGAAAGCGCAACACCAGGCUCGGCCAGCAGGUCAGAGAGCUGGUGGCGGAGCAGCAGACGGGGGAGGAGGACCUGUUGACUCAGUCCAGCUUCACGCAGCCCUGCCCGGGCACCCCCUCUAGGCAAGCCCCAGGCUUUGGGCCUCCUCAGGCCUCCCAAACGCCAAGCCAGACCCCAGGGCCCUCCUCAAUGCUUAAAGACAUCAAGAAGGAGGAGGAUGGGUGUCUGCAGGAUGAUAUCAACUUCAGUCAGGCGUAUAACUGGUGCUCGCCUAUGGAGUGUGCCGAGGACCACGCGAACGUGCCGUGUGAGCCUCCCGUGAUGGGUUCAGCAGAGGCGGCCGUCGUCAAGGAGGAGAAUCCUUGGAAGGCGCUCAGCGAUCCAGCGCAGAGUCCGCUCGGCAUCAAACGAGCCAGUGACUCUCAGGGCUGGAACACUCCACCUAAACAAUCCAGGACUCUCUCUGCAGACUCCCCUACCGGUGCCUCGAGUCUCGGACUGCUCACGCUCGGCUCCCCCAGCCCUGCUGCCCCUGUGGUGAAGCACCUGUUCCCAAGAGAAGCUGGAGAGAACACCAUCACAAUCAGUCCAGUCAUUAAAUUCAGGGCAAGAGUAGGGCUAUCGCAGAGGUUUGCUGCUGGAGAUACAGCAGAAAGGCCCAGCAGUGGCCACCCUGAGGAGGCUUCUCCUUUCAGGAGAGCCCCAGGCUCUGCGUCCGGCCUAGAGACAUCCAACUCCCUGGUGCCUCUUGCCAUGGUGACAUACCCCGAAUUAUCCGCUGGGCCAAGUGAGGACACAUUAACCGCAAGUGAGACUUGCCUAGAGGAAGAUCUCGCUUUCACUCAGGCAUAUAGCUGGCCACCUAUGAGCGGUGAUGAUGACACAACAGCAGUGCCUCAUGGGAGUCCUGUGGAAGAUGGGUUUUCCCAAGAUUUUUUACAGAAAGCGUUCGGCUUAAAAUGAAGAGGUCCUGUCAACUGCACAGAGACCUGUAGAAUGGCAGGCAUCAUCUCCAAGUGUCCAGUCUUUUGGUCAGAUGUUCUCAUCUCGGCCCCCUCCCCCAACCAUUAAUACCAGACAUUUCCCUGACCGUUCGCUAACCCCGACAUCAUGAUUGUCAUGACUGGAUCUGUUGUGGUGACUGUCCAAAGUGCCUAAAGGAUGUCCAGCAUCAGCAAUGCCACUCGGUGUCUCUUUUGAAUGUGUCUUUCAUAUGAAGGUUGAUUGUCAGCUGUUCAUCAUGAGUUAAUAAUGAAUUAGUAGUUCUCCAAAGCGUUUUGUAAAAAAGCAGUAAACAUUUUGGUUCUGA